GCGGGCGGUGCCGGCGGCGCCGCAUUGCAGACGGGCACGGAACGGGAUCAUGGCGCGGCUGCUGCUCCUCAGCCUCCUCGGGCUCCUCGCUGCCGCUGUGGCCAGCCCUGUGCUGUGGCAGAAGGAGUGUGUGAAGGGGCCGGAGGUGUGGUGCCAGAGCAUCCGCACGGCGUCGCAGUGCGGGGCGGUGAAGCACUGCCAGCAGAACGUCUGGAACAAGCCUGCUGUAAGCAGUAUCCCCUGUGACUUGUGUAAGGAGCUUGUGACGGUGGCUGGCAAGGUUUUGAAGGAUAAUGGCACUGAGGAGGAGAUCCGCUCUUACUUGGAAAAGACGUGCGAGUUUCUUCCUGACCAAGGCCUGGUGUCUGAGUGCAAAGAAAUUGUGGAUUCCUACCUACCAGUUAUCAUGGAUAUGAUCAAAGAAGAGCUAGAUAAACCUGAGGUUGUGUGCAGUGCCCUCGCCCUGUGCCAGUCCCUUCAGAAGCACCUUGCAGCCAUGAAGCUUCAGAAACAGCUCCAGACCAAUAAGAUUCCAGAGCUGGAUUUCUCUGAACUGGCAUCCCCGUUCAUGGCUAACGUGCCUCUUCUCCUCUACCCUCAGGACAAACCCAAGCAGAAGCCUAAGGCGAGUGGGGAUGUGUGCCAGGAUUGCAUUCAGCUGGUCACUGAUGUUCAGGAAGCUGUGAAGACAAACUCAUCUUUUGUGAAGUCUUUGGUUGCUCAUGCCAAGGAGGAGUGUGACCGUUUGGGACCCGGAAUGUCCGAUAUGUGCAAGACCUAUGUCUCUGAAUAUUCUGACUUGGCUAUCCAGAUGAUGAUGCACAUGAAGGAUCAGCAACCAAAGGACAUUUGUGCCAUGGUUGGGUUCUGUGCUUCUGUGAAGUCUGUCCCCCUUCAGCCUCUGGUGCCAGCUCAAGUGGUUCAUGAGGUGAAAAUGGAAACUGUGGAGAAGGCCUCGGUUCAAGAGAAGGCCUCAGUUCAAGAGAAAACUUUUUCCUUGUGUGAAAUAUGCGAGACCAUGGUGAAAGAAGUGACUGGCCUCUUGGAGAGCAACAAGACAGAGGAGGAGAUUGUGCAUGAAAUGGAAGUGGUCUGCCGCCUGUUCCCAGGAAGUGUCAAAGACCAGUGCAAGGACUUCAUAGAGGUCUAUGGCCAGGCUGUCAUUGACAUGCUCUUGGAGGCAACUAAUCCCGAAGCUGUGUGUGUUAUGCUGAAAUGCUGUGCAGCCAACAAGCUUCCACAGCAGCCAGUUGUAGUGAAACCUGCAGGUGGCUUCUGUGAUAUCUGCAAGAUGGUGGUGGCUUAUGCAGACAAAGAGCUAGAGAAGAAUGCCACGACAGCUGAAAUUGAAGCUUUACUGGAAAAAGUGUGUCACUUCCUGCCACAGUCUGUCAGUGAUCAGGUCCAUCUCUCAAGUGUCCCUACUUCUGCUGUAAAUGACCAGUGCGUUCAGUUUGUGGAACAGUAUGAACCUGUGGUUGUGCAACUCCUGGCAGAGGUGAUGGAUCCCACUUUUGUUUGCACUAAACUCGGAGUCUGUGAAUCAGCUAAACAGCCUCUCCUGGGGGACGAUGCUUGUGUCUGGGGUCCAGGUUACUGGUGUAAGAACAUGGACACUGCUGCUCAGUGCAAUGCUGUUGAUCACUGCAAACGCCAUGUGUGGAACUAGAAGAAGAAUUUCCAGUUCUGAAAGUUUGCCAUGGCUCUUAAAACAUGUGGGCCGAGGUUGGCAGAGAGCUGUAUCUCACCUGUCCCUCCUCUCUGCCUCGUUAACAAUUUGACCUUCAAGUUCCUUUAUUGUAACUCUUCUGUAGCAGUGCUGCUGUUGAAGGAUCAGAUCUUCAUCAUUGACUUAACAAAGAUAUUUCUGAUUGUACAGUUUAACUCGUUAUGCUCCUAAAAAUAGUCAGUGUGUUGUAGAUUUUUUUUUUUUUUUUAAUUGGUAGGCUGAAGUGUUUUUUAGGUGCUGGGAAGAAUGACAGAGAAGAUGAAAUGAGACAAGGCUCUUAUCUUUUAAUUUAAAAAAAGGACAGGGUAGCGACUAAUCUUUCAAGUGUCUUUCUGUAGGGGAGCAUUGGGAAGAUUUUACAUGCUUUGCAUUUUUAACAUCUGGCUGGAAUGUUAAUUUUCGGUGUAUGGGAACUCUUAAGGGAUAAUGUUGAAUCCGGGAAUCCCUUCGGCUGGAAUUUUCAAAGCUCUACAGAUGCAGAGGAGGGGGCUUUGUGUGCCCAGCCACCUUUCAAAGUCACUGGUAACCUAAAGAGGUGCAUUUGAGUGAUCAUGCUUUUGCAUUGGAGCGACCACGCUUGUGGCUCAUGGUGUUGUCAUAGCUGAGGAAAACCCUCCCUCGACCUUUGAUCACAUCCUUUUGAUUUCCUUGGGCUCCCGGGUCUAAGCAUGGGUGUUCUGCUGCCAAGCCCUAUUCAGUGGGAUGUCAGUCCUUUGAAGCAUGCAGAUGUACUUAAGGAAUGACUCCCUUUUUUUCCAUAUCCUAGUUGCUCAAUUCUGCUUAGUCUUGCAGCUUCCCACAUGCAGCUGGGCUGGGUGCCGAGGAGUUGAGAGAUGGAGGAGGGACAAGUCAGCAGGAGCUGUGCACAUGUCAAAGGGAGUUCAGCAUCGAGGGUGGAAUGUGUGGAAAAAUGGGGCUUAUUGUAAACUGCCCAUUUGUUCCUUGAUCUGCUUUUUCUCUCAUAGCAUAUUUCAGUCAUCUAAAACUUCAGAGGUGCUGUGAGGCUCGGGGGCAGUUUCCCCUGCUGCCACCUGUUCUCACUGACCCCCUCCUGAGGAAGUGCAGCAAGUAGAGAUGGCAAAUGGUAGGAACACUGCAGUAGGUAUUGGAAGCUCUGCUGGCACACCUCACAGCCUGCCUUUCACACCUCUCUAAAAUUCCAUUGAAAUGCCUGAAAUCCCCCAAAAAAGCCCUUCAAGGCAGGCUGCUUCCCUGAGAACAUGUCAGGCACUUGGGAGUGAGAAUCUUGUAUUGCUUGAGACAGACCUUGGAUUUGGUGUGUAAUUCUGAUCAAGUUAAUCCCCAAAACACUGGAUCAAAACCCCCAAAAUGGAGGCACCAAAGUAGCUCUGAGGAGACCUUUGGGAAGGAGCAGCUGGGCAGAUGUGGAGCUUUGAAAAUUCCAGUCCUGUUCAGAAAGAUGCUGCUAACUCCUGCUGUUUCUGUGGUGUCUGGGAUGAGCAGGAGCUCCAGUAACAAAACUGUAGCAGCAAGCAGACUGUUUUUCAUUGGAAAACCACUGGAGUGCAGGUUUUUAGUUACUCUGUACAUACUAAAUGCCUGGGCAGUGCUGACAGAUGGCAACAGAGGUUUGUCUCUUCUGUUUGCUGAAUGCUUCAAAAGAAAAGAAAAUGCUUCAAAAGAAAAUAAAAAGGAAAAUUUCCCCUAAAGAUAUAAAAUACCUGCAGCUUUCUGUCUUGGCAGGCUUGUGCAGUGUUCUGGUGGUGUAUCCCAGUUGGGGUAGAUACAGCAGAUAGGGAAUGGGCUCUUCCUUUGGCAUCGCUGCCCUGGAGGGAUGGGGUUGUGUUACACCCCGGUGUGGUAGGAUGGUAUUUGGUGUUUUAAAUGGGACAGUGUUCUCUUAACGUGGAUCUAAUGGGGGGGAGGUGGAGCUGCAUUGGCAGCUGGACAGGCUGGGAAGGUUUUAUUUUUCUGGGGUUUUUUAGCAGUGGGGGAUCCAUGCUGGCGAGCUGCGGGGUGAGGUGAGCUGGGGAAAUCCUGUGCUGCCACUGGGAGUCCCUGUAGUUUUCUUCCUUCCUGUGGACUGUGGCACCUGACCCGCUUGAGUCGUGCUGGGGGAACGUGCAGUUGCUUUCUGAAAAAACAAAACACAUUGUCUUGAUAUUUUUUUUUUUUGCACAAAAGCUUCCCUAAUGAACAAUAAAAACUUCUGUAAACUGGUAA